AUGUCGAAUCCCAGGAAAGACUUUGACGUGAAACAGAUCCUGCGCAUCCGCUGGCGAUGGUUCGGCCACCCAACAUCCCCACCUUCCCCCGGUAACCAGCCUUCGGGAGAUCUCUUCAGCAACAGCGGUGGUAGCGGCAACAGCAGCCGGGGGAACGGAGGCGCCUCAUCCGGCGGUGAUCAGCCCUCCCUCGGCGGCUGCAGUAGCUCCAACGCCGCCGCCGGUGCCAGCUCGAGUAACGGCAACUUAUCCUCCAACAUUAACAACAGUCGAAAGUUUGGAGAUUCGGGUCCAAACAGCGGACACUCAGCGGCGGCGGUGGUGAUCAGUGGCACCGCGUGUCCUCGGUCUAUGAGCCAGCAGGAGUGCCGGAGCUCCCCGCCGGCGCCUUGGGUCUUCCCGGUUCACUCGCGCUCCAGUGAGAGCCUGGAGCCGCUCCAGCAGCAGCCGCAGCAACCGCAGCAGCAGCCGCAAAAGCAGCAGUCCACGCGGGCACCAGACGCCUCUGGCCCUGGAGACGAGGAGAACAAUAAUAACGUGGAGUCUGACUCCAGCUCGUGCAGGACAUCCAACAGCAGUGUGACUUUGUCCUCAUGUGCGUCGAUGGAGCCGUGUGUGUCAGAUGAACAUUUCCAGGCACACAGUCAUGCUGAACACACCUUCAGGCGUAUGGAGGCCUACCUGAGGACCAGGAAACUUUGUGACGUUGUGCUUCUCGCUGGAGAUCGCAGAAUACCAGCACACAGACUAGUUCUGUCAUCAGUGUCGGAUUACUUUGCGGCUAUGUUCACCAGUGAUGUCCGAGAGGCUAAACAAGAGGAGAUCAAGAUGGAGGGCGUGGACCCAGAUGCAUUAUGGGUCUUGGUACAAUAUGCUUACACAGGGCGUCUGGAGUUGCGAGAGGACACUAUAGAGAGUUUGCUGUCAGGCUCUUGUCUUCUGCAGCUCUCUGCGGUGGUUCAGGCCUGCUGCAGUUAUCUAAUGAAACAACUCCAUCCCUCCAACUGUCUGGGCAUUCGAUCCUUUGCUGACGCUCAGGGAUGCCUAGACCUCCAUAAGGUGGCACACAACUACACAAUGGAGCACUUCAUGGAGGUCAUGAGGCAUCAGGAGUUUCUGCUCUUGCCCUCAUGUGAAGUGGAGAAGCUUUUAGCGUCUGAUGACAUGAACGUUCCAGAGGAGGAAACCGUGGUAACAGCACUACUCAGCUGGGUCCGUCAUGAUGUGACCACCCGUCAGUCACAGCUUUCUGCACUUCUUGCUCACAUCCGCCUUCCCCUGCUUAAACCACAGUUUUUAGCUGAUAUGGAGGCGAAUCCUUUGCUAAGGGACAGUGUGGAGUGUCAGCGGCUGGUGAUGGAGGCCAUGAAGUAUCAUUUGUUGCCAGAAAGACGUCCACUACUCCAAAGCCCGAGGACUCGGCCCCGCAAGGCCACCGUAGGGGCCCUGUUUGCCGUGGGUGGCAUGGAUGCCACUAAAGGAGCUACCAGUAUUGAGCAGUACUGUUUACGGAGGGACACGUGGCGGCAGGUGGCUGUCAUGAGUGGGAGAAGGCUGCAGUUCGGUGUGGCAGUUCUGGAUGACCGUCUGUAUGUAGUUGGGGGACGAGAUGGCCUGAAGACCCUAAAUACGGUGGAGUGUUACAACCCUCGCAGCAAAAGCUGGAGCGUCAUGCCUCCCAUGUCCACACACAGACAUGGCCUGGGUGUUGCUGUGUUAGAAGGCCCCAUGUAUGCAGUUGGAGGUCAUGACGGAUGGAGUUACCUAAGCACAGUGGAGCGCUGGGACCCUCAGGCUCGCCAAUGGAGCUUCGUAGCAUCAAUGGCAACACCUCGAAGCACAGUUGGAGUAGCAGUGUUAAACAGCAAGCUGUAUGCUGUGGGUGGCAGAGAUGGAAGUUCGUGUCUGAAAUCGGUGGAGUGUUUCGACCCUCACACCAACAAAUGGAGCAGCUGUGCCCCCAUGUCUAAACGCAGAGGUGGUGUCGGUGUAGCGACGUGGAAUGGCUUUCUCUAUGCUAUCGGUGGCCAUGACGCUCCAGCUUCAAGCUUAGCAUCUCGACUGUCAGACUGCGUCGAAAGGUACGACCCGAAGACAGACAUGUGGACAGCGGUAGCUCCCAUGAGCCUCAGCAGAGACGCUGUGGGUGUGUGUCUUCUGGGUGACCGUUUGUAUGCUGUCGGUGGUUACGAUGGUCAGGUUUAUCUCAACACAGUAGAAGCCUACGACCCCCAAACCAACGAGUGGACACAGGUUGCGCCGCUGUGUUUGGGUCGAGCUGGAGCUUGUGUGGUUGCAGUGAAGCUUUGAAUGGCCAGUAGCUGACAGUGCUCUUGAGUCCUGCGCUGGAUCCAGACUGACCAGAGAAUACCACGCUUGCUCAACUGUGCUGCUCCUUUUUGCCUUCUAGUAUGUGUUUAUCUAUUGAAAGUGGUUUAUUUCUUGGCUGUUAACA